AUGCCGUGUUGGCCCGGGAUAGCAGCGGGAGCCGGAGACGCGUCGGUGCCCGUCACAGCGAAGACCCGCCCAGGGCCCGCGAGGCCGAGGCGCCGCCCUCAACCCCACCAACCAGGGGCCGGGGGCCCCACGGGGGCAUCGCGUUUACGGCGCGGCCGGCGCUGUGCGCCCUCCAGCCGACAGGCGACGCUGUGGAGAGCCAGCGACUUCCGGUCGGCUUUCUUCUUCUUUCUGCCGCCGGCGCCAACACGUCCUGUUUUCUUUCGUUGGCCGCGCUGGAAUGGCAGCGUCUGGUGUAGCUGCCGCCACCUCUUAGAGCGGAUUUCUGACUGGCCCGUCGAGGGCAGCGCAGCCUUCUUCUUUGUCCCGUUCGCUUGCGAGUCGUCCCUUAGGGCGUCGGCUUUCGCGCCGCCAGAAGCAUGGGCCGAGAGUCACGCCACUACCGGAAGCGAUCAGCAUCACGGGGACGCUCUGGAAGUCGAUCUAGAAGUCGCUCGCCCUCCGACAAAAGAAGUAAACGUGGAGAUGACAGACGGUCUAGAAGUAGAGACAGAGAUAGAAGGAGAGAGAGAUCUCGUAGCAGGGAUAAAAGAAGAUCUCGGUCAAGGGACAGGAAGCGUCUGAG